AAGUCAGAGGCAGGACACAGUUGGUAAAGAGAUUGUUGGAAAGAAGGACAUCAAACUAGGAAACAAAAAGCUGAGCUGCAGAAGAGGAUAGCGGAGUUCAUGGAGGAGUAGAAGAAUAGAUGACUGCUGGAAGACAACCUCCUGUGUCUUAGGAAAGAAGCCACUGAGUGGAGGUGGGAAAACACAGGAGAAAAGCCCAUUAUUCUACACUUUCCCAACUUCCCACCUCCAGUAGUGCGAAAGACUAAUUGCAGACUCUAUGCUAAGAAUGGACUCUCUAAGUGCAAUCUGGAUAUGGCUCUUGCUGUGUACGGUAUACACUUUCACCCUUGCCAAGUUCAGCCCUGAGGGCUGGUUACAACAAUAUGGAUAUCUGCCUCCAGGAGACCUUCGUACUCACACUUUACGCUCCCCACAGUCUAUGAGUGAAGCUAUUGCUGCUAUGCAGAGAUUCUAUGGGCUGACAGUGACUGGCAAGUUUGACAGUGAGACAGAAAGGGCAAUGAAGAAGCCACGUUGUGGGGUGCCAGAUAAAUUUGGUGGUGAAAUUAAAGCAAAUGUAAGGCGAAAAAGAUACGCUAUUCAAGGUCAGAAAUGGCAGCACCGGGACAUCACUUUCUGCAUACAGAACUAUACUCCAAAAGUGGGUGAAUAUGAGACACAUGAAGCUAUCAGGAGGGCUUUUGCACUAUGGCAAAGUGUAACCCCACUGCGUUUCCGUGAGGUUCGAUACGUGGACAUACAGGAUGGUCAUGCCAAGCAUGCUGACAUAAUGCUUUUCUUUGCUGAGGGGUUCCAUGGGGAUAGCACCCCUUUUGAUGGAGAAGGCGGCUUUUUGGCACAUGCCUACUUUCCUGGACCAGGCAUUGGCGGAGACACUCACUUUGAUUCUGCAGAACCUUGGACAGCCAGAAAUGAAGAUCUAGAUGGGAAUGACUUGUUUCUUGUGGCUGUUCAUGAACUAGGCCAUGCAUUGGGUCUAGAACAUUCUAAUGAUCCAUCAGCCAUUAUGGCUCCAUUCUAUCAAUGGAUGGACACUCAAAACUUUCAGCUUCCAGAAGAUGACCGCAGAGGUAUCCAGCAGCUCUAUGGAAGUGGCCAUGGAGAGAAUCCACCAACACGAGCACCUCCACGAACACCUAAACCUUCUCCACGCCACCCUAAUGUUCCUGAUGAUCCCAAUGUGCCUUAUGGACCAGAUAUUUGUCAAGGCAAUUUUGACACCAUUGCUGUUUUAAGGGGAGAAAUGUUUGUCUUUAAGGAACGUUGGUUCUGGCGUGUACGGAAUAACCGUGUCAUGGAUGGAUACCCACUGCCUAUUGGACAAUUCUGGCGUGGACUUCCAAGUUCUAUAAACUCAGCUUAUGAAAGAAAAGAUGGGAAAUUUGUUUUCUUCAAGGGGGACAAGCAUUGGGUGUUUGAUGAAGCCAUGCUAGAACCUGGGUAUCCCAAGACAUUGAAGGAGAUGGGAAGAGGAUUACCGAGUGACAGAAUUGAUGCGGCACUCUACUGGAUGCCCAACGGAAAGACCUAUUUAUUCAGAGGAAACAAGUAUUACAGGUUCAAUGAGGAGUUGAGAGAAGUAGAUGCGGAUUACCCAAAACCUAUCAAAGUUUGGGAAGGGAUCCCUGACUCUAUUCGAGGGGCAUUCAUGGGAAGUGAUGGAGCUUUUACAUAUUUCUAUAAAGGUAAUAAGUAUUGGAAGUUUAAUAACCAGCAGCUAAAAACCGAAUCUGGGUUCCCGAAGUCUGUCCUGCAGGACUGGAUGGGAUGCACUGUCCGCCAACCUGAAGAUACCGAUGAGGAAACAGAAGUGGUGAUCAUUGAAGUUGAUGAAGCUAGUGGAGGAGUGAGCACUGCCGCUGUUGUAGUUCCUGUCCUCCUCUUGCUCUGUGUCUUGUUCCUUGGACUGGCUGUCUUUAUCUUCAGGCAAUAUGGCACCCCCAAGAGGCUUCUAUAUUGGCAGCGUUCCUUGCUGGACAAAGUGUGAGACCUCAUGGAUCUGGACCCUGCCCCCCAUCACAAUCUCUCCUGCCCUCCCACACACCCCUCACACACAGAUAUUAUGGGGAGCAGUAUCAAUCUCCUGGGAAGGGAGGAAGGAAGCCGUUUACAUCCACUUUGCCGCUUUCAUGUGGUGGACAUUGCUAUGUUUAACCCCUUCACUGCCAGAUUGGAGCUAUGUCUUCCAUAACGGUUAUUUCUGGGGUACAUAUAUAUUAGAUUUCAUUGGCUAUCGGUCAGGCAGUGCUCUCGAUACAGCCACCACUUGCAAAAUUCAGAGCAGAGAUGGACACCCUCCAAAGGUCAGAAAACGCACAUAUAACUACAAGUUUCUGACUGGUUGUUGUUGUUUUUUUUAACCCUUCCAGAACCUACCACCAUUCCAACAUAGAUACAUAGGUCUAGAGGGAAAUAGAUAACCAGCUGCUUGGUUUUUGGAUGGGUACAGGAAAGUACAAUGCGAGUGGGGGAAGAGCAACCUGUCUGACCAUGUAAGCUCUAUGUCUACAUGCAAAGAGGUUGUGAACAUCCAAAGAUGGAAUAGUAAUAGUAAAUAAGGGGUCAAUAAGGGGGUCAAUACAAAUUGUCACAGCUGUGUUGUGACCUAUAGACCUCCACUGAACAGAUGUUAGUCAUGAAAAACUAUUAGUAUUAUUUGGGACCAAAGUAUUUCCAUAAAAAAAUGAAACUUUAACUGUGCGUGAUGAGGACAUUGAUUGUUAGUCUUGUUCAAUAUUAAGUAUUGUCUAUGAUAUGUGACCUACAGAAAAAGAAGAUAGUUGAGCAAGUUGUGCAGAGCAGGAAUCUCUGGAGAUAACGGAAAGGAUAAAUGUAAGGUCAAUAUCAGUAAGCUCCCAGACUGGCCUGUAAAGUGCCCUGGAUCUCUGUAACUCCAUUCAUUGUGUCUGUAUAAUGCCUUCUCAGCCCUCCACCACCCCCCUGGAUUCUGUUGAAUACUAAAUGGAAAGGUUAAACUCUCAGGGUUAUCUGCUGGUAUCUGUACUCUGUACAAAAUAUUAGUUACUGUUUUACAGGUCCUGGCAGACAUAGCAUUAUGGUGGUUUUCUGUGAUGGAAGGCGUAGUCACUGCUCUGAAACAUUCUUUGCAGGUAUCUGGCAGACAUGUUUUGGGCUGUCUCUGUCUUAGAAGAGAUUAAUGCAUGCUUGUUGCAGGUCUCUGGCAGUGAUGAGAAAAUUAUUUUUCGUAACACCCCUGUAGCUGGAAAGGGAGAAAAUCAUUGCUCUGCAAGUGUCUUAGGCAGAGAAGGGGUUAAUCACAGCUCUGGGGGGAGGGGAUUCUGACUGGGUCAGGUUAAGAAGGGCAGAUCACAUGGUACGGUCAGGGGGGUAAGGGGUCACAUUUGCUUGUUUCCUGUCUUUCUCUGUAUCUUUGGUUUAUAUUUUUGAUUAUUAUAAUAAUUAUUAUUUGAUAAUAAGGCAGCUCCUGCAGGUCAGGCCGCUUUGCAUUUCCCACCUGUCCACUGCCAGAGGGAUCAGUGGAUCAAUAUUUAGAUAAUGCUCCACCGAUCCCUUCUUCAAUGAGAUGGCACUCCUUCACCCCUCCUCCCCUCAAGCCUAGAGACUGGGGGUCAGAGAUUGCACAGUAUUUGGGGGUUGGAAAGAAGUGUAUGCCCUUUCUAACCUAACUCCAAGUGCCUUGUAUUAUUGAGUAACCUCAAUUAUGACCCUAAAUGGUGCUGACAUGAGUAUCACUUCAUGGUUUACCCUAAUUUAUGGAGGAGACUGGGACCCACCUUAUCAGUCAAAUUAAAGCUUCUUUAAUGUGGACAAAGUUUGUGUUUUUUUUUAUGUUUUUUUGUUUGUUUUUUUUACAGUCUUUUAUAGAAUCACCUAAAAGCUAUUUGUUAUGAACCAAUGGUUUUGUAAAACUAAAAAUAUAAAAAUACAAAAAAGUGACAAUCUGUAUUCAUAUUUCUG